AUGGCACCCUUCAAGCUCAACAGCAAGAACUUGUCGCAAAUCUCGGCGGCAAGUGAGGCCCAAAUCAAGGUCCCAACCUACCAACGCGGUGGCGCUGUCAAGGAGGGAAUCGUCCACGUCGGCGUCGGCGGCUUCCACAGAGCUCACCUGGCUGUCUAUGUCGACCAAUUGAUGCAGAAUCAUGGUGUGACUGACUAUGCGAUUGCCGGUGUUGGCUUGCAGCCCUUCGAUGUCGCCAUGCGCGAUGCCUUGGGUUCGCAGGACCACUUCUACACCGUCAUCGAGCGUUCGGCCAAGGGAAGCCUUGCCCACGUUAUUGGCAGCAUCAACUCUUUCCUCUUUGCACCUGAUGACCGCGAGGCCGUCAUCACCAAGAUGGCCCACCCAGACACCCACAUUGUGUCGCUCACUAUCACCGAGAGCGGUUACUAUUACAACGAGAACUCGCACGAGCUGCAGAGUGAGCACCCUGACAUUCAAUUCGACCUCGACCCGGCCAACGAGAAGGCUCCGCGUACCACUUUCGGCUUCCUCUACGCCGCUCUGGCACGGCGCCACCAGCAGGGUCUCAAGCCUUUCACUGUCAUGUCGUGCGAUAACAUGCAGAAGAACGGCUCCAUCACGCGGCACAUGCUCGAGUCGUUUGCGCGUCUGCGCAACCCCGAGAUUGCCAAGUGGAUUGCCGAGCAAGGCGCCUUCCCCAACGCCAUGGUUGACCGUAUCACACCUCAGACAGGGGCCGCCGACAAGACGGCACUCGCAGACAGCUUUGGCAUUGAGGACGCAUGGCCAGUCGUCACGGAACCUUUCAUGCAGUGGGUUAUCGAGGACCAAUUCUCUGACGGCCGCCCACCAUUCGAGAAGGUCGGGGUUCAGGUUGUCAAGGAUGUCCACGCCGUCGAGGAGUUCGAGAAGCACAAGCUGCGCCUGCUCAACGGCAGCCACUCGGCCAUCGGCUACCCAGGUCAGCUGGCAGGCUUCAAAUAUGUCCACGAAGUUAUGGAGAACCCGCUCUUCCACAAAUUCGUGUGGCAAAUGAUGCAGGACGAGGUGAAGCCACUCUUGCCCGAGAUCCCCGGCGUCAACAUCGAUGAGUACUGCAACACGCUCAUCGAGCGCUUCACCAACCCCACAAUCAUGGACCAGCUGCCCCGCAUCUGCCUCAAUGCUUCCGGCAAGAUCCCACAGUUCAUCAUGCCGUCGAUUGCCGAGGCGAUGUGGGUUAACGGCCCGUUGCGUCGUCUGUCCUUCGUCGCGGCCGCUUGGUUCCGUUACCUCAACGGUGUCGAUGACAACGGCAACACGUUCGCGGUCGACGACCCGAUGCGCGAGGAGCUCCAGGCCAAGGCUCGUGCAGGAGGCACCAGCCCGGCUGAGCUGCUCAGCAUCAAGAACCUGUUCGGUGACGACCUGCGCGGUGACAAGCGCUUCCUGCAGGAGAUCACCACGGCUAUGGAGGAUAUUGCCCGAGACGGCAUCUUGAAGACGCUUCCCAAGUACAUUGACUAA